GUGACACUGACAGCGCCACUGUCAUCUCUUUUCUGUUCCGUUCCUAUAACAAUCCUAUAAUGUGUUUUGUGCCGUGUUUGUAUUUUUUUUUUGAAAUUUCAUAGACUGAAAUAAUAGACCAAGGCUAUACAAAUUUUCUGAUAAUAAUAUGAUAGCACUGAAAGAUUUUUACUGAAACAAGAUAUUCUAGAUGGUGAGAUAAAACUUUUGUUAAUUUUCCAUAGGAUACUAUGGAUUCCAAAUACAGUGUUCCUAUCAUAACCCAUAAUUUAUAUAAACAUGAAACAAUCAUUCAAAUUGCAGAAGCAAUUGAUCAUUUAUCUAAUAUAACUGAUGGUAUCUUCUCUCAAGUGAAUAAAAGACUGGAAAGCAGCCGUGGAAAGUUAUCAGAAAUAUCUCAUCGAGUAGAUAUUGUGACCAAAAAAAUAGCCUCUUUGAAAGGAGCCAAAAAAGCUACCCAAGUUUUUUCCAGUAGUAAAUACCCUGCUGUUGAUGUGUAUAAAGAAUAUGUUUCAAUAUUCCAUGAUAGCCCUGAAAUUGAAUUGAAACGACACAAAGUUAAACUAAAAAACAUCUCAUCUGUACAUGAACCAUUAGAAAAAUUGCAAUUCUAUCAUGUUAAUGUUAAUAAUGAUAAAGUAGAAAAACUAGAAGGGCUGGGAGAUAUACCACAGAAUGUGAACUUUGUGAAUGAUCUGCUUCUAUACAACUCUGGCAAGAACCUAUACAAGAGUUUCAUUAUAUCUGAUGCCUUGAAGGGUCACCAAAAUGUAAGGGAAGAAGAUGAAAAUAUAACAGAAUUAGGUGCAGCUCCACGUUCAAUAAGUGAAAGAUCCACCUUGAGGAAGUCCCUGGCCCAAAAUUAUUUUUAUGCCCCCCAAAUAGGGGAAGUGCCUGCCUUGGAUGUGCCACUGGACCUUCCAGAUUUACCUGGAAUAGCUGAUGAUGUGCACUAUGAAAUUGAGUCUGGACCUGGUAUUGCUCCUUCAGCAGACAUUACCCAGUCCUUGAUUGAGUUGGACAUAGAGAGCAGCAUUUUACCAACAAUAAGCCAGAAUGAGGCUGAUCUGAAAGAAGACAUUCCUGUUGUGGAUUUACCACCUGUUCCUCCCCCACCGGUUGAACUGCCCAAACCUCCACCUGAGCCACCAAAACCUCUGGAAAGUAAGGUAGACCAAGUUCAGAUUCCACCUGCUGAAAAAGAAUCAGUGGGAAGUCAAGUUCCUUUGGGUAAACCACAGGUGGAUGAUGUGAGGUCUAGUUUGAUGGAAGCUAUCAGAAGUGCCGGGGGAACUGGAAAAGCCAGAUUGAAAUCUACUAAAGCACAGGAUAAGAGUGUUUCUGUCAAAGCACCACAGGGCGGUGAUCUGAUGACGGACCUCCACAACAAACUGUUCAUGCGCAGGAAGGGCAUCUCGGGCGCCAAGCAAUCCCAAGACAAUCAGCCGAUAGACGCGGACUCGACUCUAGCUAGAAUAUCUGCCAUGAUUCCGGCUCCCGAACCGAAAAACCACGUGGAAUCGACGUCCAAUGACGAGGAAGACUGGGAAUAGGUACAGGGUGAUUCACUAUAUAUGGACGAUUUUAAGAAAAAACGCCUAGUUCAAUUUGUGUCCGCAAAUGCUUCGGUUUCGCAGAUAUAUGGUGUUGAAGUUGUUUUUUUUUCUCGUUUUUUGAAAAUUACUUUUGCAAAAAAGUAAAGUUUUUGCAGGAAAUAAGUUUUUUGUUCACCAAAUUCGGCACCCGAAGUUUUUUGGGGGACGGGGAAAAAGUGAAUCACCCUGUAUACUUCUCUGAAGAGUGCUCUAUCUAUCAUGUUUUGUUUAUGUACCUACAGUAAGGAAAAUGUGAGGACAAUAUGAGUAUUUCACUAGGUACCAAAUAUCCUGUUAUUCUCAUAUCUUUUAUAAAAUGUUAUUAUGGAACUGUGCAAUUGUUCUUAUGAAUCAUCUCAUUAUUUAUUGAAAUACAUUUUGUUAAAAUGUU